CUCUUCUUUCAUUCCGACAUUUUGAAUUUCUCGAUUUCACGCGUUUUUUCUAGUGCGGUGCGGCUAGCGUUUUGCAGAUAUUUAUAUUUGAUCGAUUUUUUUCGAUUUCCUUUCUAGUUUAAAUAAAUUUGAACAUACCAAAAUGUCAAAACGACGUAUUGAAGUAUUGGACCCCUUCAUAAAGAAAAAAAGGGAAGAGCGAGGAAUAACCACCACUGUUUCAACAACACCAACCACCAUUGGAUCCGGCUCAAUUAACCCUUACACCAGUUUACCAUACACACAAAAAUACCACGAGCUCUUUCGCAAGAGAAUAGGACUUCCAGUAUUCGAAUACAAAGCAGACUUUAUGCGAUUACUCGACGAACAUCAAUGCAUAGUACUCGUAGGAGAAACGGGUUCGGGCAAGACCACCCAAAUUCCCCAAUGGUGUGUCGAGUACUCCCGAACGGUGGGCGUAAAAGGUGUUUGUUGUACGCAACCCAGGCGUGUGGCUGCCAUGUCAGUUGCUCAAAGAGUUUCAGAAGAAAUGGACGUUCAGCUCGGACAGGAGGUCGGUUACAGUAUUCGAUUCGAGGACUGUUCAUCCGCAAAAACCAUACUAAAGUACAUGACAGAUGGUAUGUUACUAAGGGAAGGAAUGAGCGACCCAAUGUUAGACUCUUAUCAAUGUAUAUUGCUCGAUGAAGCUCACGAAAGAACUCUAGCUACGGAUAUUUUGAUGGGUGUGCUGAAAGAAGUAAUUAAACAGAGAAAAGACCUGAAAUUGGUGAUUAUGAGUGCUACAUUAGACGCUGGUAAAUUCCAGCAGUACUUCGACAACGCGCCUCUUAUGAACGUACCUGGUAGAACCCACCCAGUGGAAAUAUUUUAUACUCCUGAACCGGAACGAGAUUAUCUCGAAGCAGCAAUAAGGACUGUUAUUCAAAUACACAUGUGCGAAGAAAUAGCAGGUGACAUUUUGCUGUUCCUCACUGGACAAGAAGAAAUCGAAGUAGCGUGUAAACGAAUUAAAAGGGAAAUAGACAAUUUGGGACCAGAAGUCGGCGAAUUAAAAUGUAUUCCUUUAUAUUCUACUCUUCCUCCGAAUCUCCAGCAAAGGAUAUUCGAAGAGCCCCCGCCGAACAAGCCGAAUGGAGCCAUCGGAAGAAAAGUUGUCGUUUCCACAAACAUUGCAGAGACUUCUCUUACUAUCGAUGGUGUUGUUUUUGUUAUAGAUCCUGGAUUUGCGAAACAAAAAGUGUACAAUCCGAGGAUUAGAGUUGAAUCGUUAUUGGUGUCUCCUAUUAGUAAAGCUUCCGCCCAACAGAGAGCUGGUCGUGCUGGUAGAACGAAGCCCGGAAAAUGUUUCAGAUUGUACACGGAAAAGGCUUUUAAAAACGAAAUGCAAGAUAACACCUAUCCUGAAAUUUUAAGGUCGAAUUUGGGUUCGGUGGUGCUUCAAUUAAAAAAACUCGGUAUCGACGAUUUGGUCCAUUUCGAUUUCAUGGAUCCGCCCGCUCCGGAAACUCUAAUGAGAGCUCUGGAGCUGCUCAAUUACCUAGCCGCUCUAGACGACGACGGGAAUCUGACCGAUUUGGGCGCAGUCAUGGCGGAAUUUCCGCUCGAUCCGCAAUUGGCCAAGAUGUUAAUCGCCAGCUGCAAUCACAAUUGCUCCAAUGAAAUAUUGUCUGUAACGGCAAUGUUGUCAGUCCCGCAGUGUUUCGUACGACCCAACGAAGCCAAGAAGGCGGCCGACGACGCCAAGAUGAGGUUCGCCCACAUCGACGGGGACCAUUUGACAUUGCUAAACGUCUAUCACGCUUUCAAACAGAGCAUGGAGGAUCCGCAGUGGUGUUAUGAUAAUUUCGUUAACUAUCGUUCCUUAAAGUCGGCUGAUAACGUGAGACAACAGCUGUCGAGGAUCAUGGACAGGUUCAAUUUGAAAAGGACCUCUACAGAUUUCACUAGUAAAGAUUAUUAUAUUAACAUUAGGAAAGCUCUUGUCAAUGGAUUUUUCAUGCAGGUCGCACAUUUGGAGAGAACAGGUCAUUACCUAACGAUCAAAGAUAAUCAAAUAGUCCAGUUACAUCCAUCGACCUGUUUGGAUCAUAAGCCCGAAUGGGUCAUCUAUAAUGAGUUUGUGUUGACAACCAAAAAUUACAUAAGGACCGUUACCGAUAUAAAACCUGAUUGGUUAUUGAAAAUAGCACCUCAGUAUUAUGACCUCAACAAUUUCCCUCAAUGCGAAGCUAAACGACAGUUAGAAAUUCUUCAAAAUAGAUUAGAAUCUAAGCAGUUUCAACAAGGAUUCUAAUUUCAUGUUUUUUACGUUGCUUAUUUAAAAUUUAUAAUAUUUGAAUGAUUAUUAUUUAUAUAAUUGAGACUCUUAUGUAUUAAUGUUUUCAUUCCAUAAUAAAUAGUUGAAAU